CGGGUGCAAAGCCUUAGGAGGAGGCUGCUGUUGCCCCAGCAACAGCCAGGGAGCUCGGGCUCCAGGCAGGCGUGGCCUCUGAGGGAUCGGCACCUCAGAUCUUUCGCGGCCAGGAAGGUCCUGGGAGAGGCGCGAGCCAGGUCUGGGAAGUCAGCGUCCGCGGUGAAGGGACAGGGCCAUGGCUGAGGUGCACGUGAUCGGGCAGAUCAGGGGGGCCACCGGUUUCUCGGAAAGUAGCCUCUUCUGCAAGUGGGGCAUCCACACAGGAGCAGCAUGGAAGCUCUUAUCUGGUGUGCGGGAGGGCCAGACACAGGUGGACACCCCCCAGGUAGGGGACAUGGCUUACUGGUCCCACCCCAUCGACCUGCACUUCGCCACCAAAGGCCUACAAGGCUGGCCCCGGCUCCAUCUCCAGGUGUGGUCCCAGGACAGCUUUGGCCGCUGCCAGCUUGAAGGCUAUGGCUUUUGCCAUGUGCCCAGCAGUCCAGGUACCCACCAGCUGGACUGCCCCACUUGGCGGCCCCUGGGCAGCUGGCAGGAGCAGCUGGCGCGGGCCUUUGUGGGUGGUGGGCCUCAGCUGCUGCAUGGUGACGCCAUCUACAGUGGGGCCGAUCGCUAUCGGCUGCACACGGCUGCUGGUGGCACUGUGCACCUUGAACUGGGCCUGCUGCUGCGCCACUUUGAUCGCUACGGUGUGGAGUGCUGACCCUGCCUCCCACCGCUGGACCCCACCCACAUCCCUGGAUACCCAUGAGGGGCAGGAUGGCACAGAGAUCAGCAGCAUGGGCUCUAGAGACUCAGACCUGACCCCAGUCUAGGCAUGAUGCCAAUUAUGUCCUGGCUUGUACCUCCAGCCCAGUGGCUGUCCUCCUGGGUCCAGUUUCCCCGCUGUAAAAUGGGGGCAGUAAGUGUGCAGGGUCACAGAGGCUGCUUGCCCAUGUAAGUGCUCAAUAAAGGAGAGCCAGUCUUA